AUGUCCUGCUCCGGGUCCCGGCUCCCCCUGCUCCUGUACGGCCUCCUGCUGUGCAGCUGCUUCGCCUCGUCCGCCGUCCUCGCCGCUUUGAGACAAAGCCCGCAGAGCGCCGCAUCGCCGGACUCCUGGAGCAAGAGGGAGGCCACGCCACGAGACGCACACGGAGACGGAGACGGACACUUCCUGCUGGGCAUCAAGAGGCUGAGGAGGCUCUACUGCAACGUGGGCAUCGGCUUCCACAUCCAGGUCCUCCCCAACGGGACCAUCAGGGGCGUCCACAGCGAGGACAGAUACAGCCUCCUGGAGAUCUCUCCGGUGGACAGAGGAGUGGUGACUCUGUUCGGGGUGAGGAGCCGUCUCUUCAUCGCCAUGAACGACAAAGGGAAGCUCUACGGCUCGGGUCGAUUCAGCGACGAGUGCCAGUUCAAGGAGAGUCUCCUGGCCAACAACUACAACGCGUACGAGUCGGCGGUCCACCCGGGGAUGUACAUCGGCCUCAGCAGGAUGGGCAAAACCAAGCGAGGCAACCGAGUCACCCCCAACAUGACCAUGACACACUUCCUGCCCCGGAUAUGA